GGAGGGAGACGAGGAGGGGGAGGAAGGGAGGAAAUGUCUGAUCAACUCACCCAAAGAAACAAAGAGAGCAAGAGGGGCGAAGCGGAGGAGGAUGGUGGACUCACAGACAAAUCCGGACUAGCGGACACACAGUUGGAGAUGGAUCUCCAGUCCGUGAAGGAGGCGAAGACAGAGGGAAGAGGAGGACGUGGAGAUCAGAAUAAAAGGUCAAGGUCGGAGAAUUUCCCAGAAAAGGACACCAAAAGGACGUUGGACCCGGCCUCGGAGGCGUGGCUGGAGAAGGAGCUGAGGCUGAUCGAGAGGGAGAGCGAGGCGAUACAGCACAAGGCGGGCAGGCUCAACCACAAGAUGAGGAGGGUGAACCGACGUCACGAAACUUUGCGCCGCGACGACCACGACACGUCACACCGCGACGACUACGACACGUCACACCGCGACGACCACGAUACGUCACACCGCCAAGACGACGACACGUCACACCGCCAUGACCACGACACGGACGACCACGACACGUCACUCAGCAACGACACACCACACCGCCACGACACCUCACACCACCACCACCGAGAUAGACAGGAGACGUCACGCCGUGAUCGACAUAACCACCACAGCAAGGCGCACGGCGAAGGCCACCGCGCACGUCCAAACGGGGAACCUCGAGAUAGGAGGAAAGGUUUGGUGAGUCGGUCUCAUGUGGUAGGUCGAACGACACGUCGUGGGUUCAAAUCCCGAAGAAAGGGUUCCUACAAUCGUGUGGGGGAGGAGUUGUAUCCCUCGGUUCACGGGGAGGGGGAAGACGGUGCGGACAAAAUUGACAUGAGGUUGAGGAUACACCGCGGUCAGAGUCGUGGAGCUCACCCUUCUCACGGGGAAGGGGAGGGGAGGGGAGAUACAAGGGGCGUGGCUGGGCGAGGAGAGAGCAUGCUGCAGCGGUUGGUGAGGCUAGAGAGGGAACUGACGGAGCUGAAGAAUAAGAUGAAGGCAGCGGACCUGUUUGAGGGACGAGGCUACCUGGAGGAUGAUGAUGAGGAGGAGGAGGAGGAGGAGAGUGACAAUGACAAUGAUUUCGUUGUUGAUGAUAAUAUUGAGGGUGAAUCUUAUGAUCGUUCGGGGGUUCUGGGGUUCGGGACUCACCCAAAGAGGGCACGUUCGAGAGGUAGAAAGAAAGUGAUUAUGACGUCAGUGGAGAAUGGGGGUGAUGAUGGGAAACUAAUUGAAGGUCCGUACAGCCUGAAGACCGGGAAGUCAGAGAGGGAUGAGGAAGAUGAGGGGGACGAGGAGGAUGCAGAAAACGAAGAAGAAGACGAAGACAACAGGUAUGAAGAAGAGAAAGAAAACAAAGAACAGGAGAGUUCUCCAGGACUUUCGGGUCAAAAGAUCAGUGGCCCAACGCAAGGGUGGGGGUCAAGAAACGCGAGACGCUCAAAACGGAGAGCCGAGCCCUCAAGCAACUCGGCCAGUGGGUCAGGAGUGAGAGAGGGGGGAGAAAGGGAAGGAGUGAGAGAGGAGAGAAAAAGAGCAGGGGUGAGAGAGGGAGGAUGGAGGACGGGAGUGAGAGGGGGACAGGGAGCAGGAGACGCCGAGAGAAGACAGAUGCGCAGAAUCUACCAGUUGCUCAAGUCUGCGCAUUUCAAUAAGCAGGCAGGAGGCGGAAGUAAAAGGGCUAAUUCAAGCGAAUUAGAGGGCAUUAUGAGGCAUUACACCGGCUCGGAAAUGGAUGAGCUCGCGGCAAAAGGCGACAGUCGUCUGCGCAACGAGCACGUCACGGGCGCCGACCGCAGCGACGCCGCGCCCCCUCGCGGACGGAAGGCAAAGGGACGUAAUGGAGAGAAUAAAGAGAUCGUCUCCGACCGCAGUCGAGUGGUCCCGCCUGGCGUGACAGGUCUGGGUUCGAAUUCCAGCGUGGCAAACGUUGGAGAUGUCAGCAACGGUCACGGUUUGACGAGUGGUCAAAACAGAUGGAAUGGAAAAGAAACACGGCUUGCAGACAGUCCAGUGGCUGGAUUGACUGAUGACGUAGAAGGUACCGCCGGCCAUGGGUCACUCCCUCCUCGGCCGGGAGAAGACGUGUACACACCCGGGUGGACGAAUGACCUCACUCGUAAACACGUCAGUCAGGCGACUGCAGCGCCACUCCGGGGAGAGAUUAACGACAAGUUCAGUACCAGAAAUUCCCUUUUUCCUUCCCAGCUGGCAGCCCGCGGUACGUGGGUGGAGACGUUGAAUAAAACAUGGCCGCUCGGCCGGUCCCGAGGAGACGCCAAACCGACCGGCGGGGAAGGGGAGAAAAUCAAUUCUCUGAUGAUGAACGAUGAUGUGAGAGUUGUUUCCCUUGCUCGGGCUGAGGACAGGGCGGGGGAGGGCGGGGAGGGGGACGACGGGAGAGGCUGUGUGCUUGAUUACAGAGAUGAUAAAUUCUCCGGCGAGAAAUUACCCGACGAGGUGUACGGGAGGGGUCUCGGGAGUCCGAGAAGAUUUGAACAACGAUCAAAAGAUACAUCGGACUACUCCGGAAAAAAUGCGGGGCUUCUUCUUCCGCUAUGGAACGGACUUUUUGGGAAUGAACGCCCGUCUGCAAAGUUUGAUGAAUUACCUCGGCCUCGACUCAAACCUCUUCGCGGGCAGUCCGCGGUGACGUCAUUAGAGAGGAAACCAAACGAGUGGCACAAUCCUCGCCCUCUGAACCAGAAGAAGACUCAGUCUCGCAAACCUCCUGGUCUGGCGCAUCACUUCUCAGGGAAACAGAAUGGUAUUGAGUCCUCAUAUCUCGCGCGAGUGGUGGUGAUCAAACUUCUCAAUGCCCGACUGCGCAGAUGUCGCAAGAUGGCUGACAUGCUCGCUAGGAGGCUUGCGUCUGCUCACAGACGACUGCGCUACGAAGGAUUGAUGAAGACUGGUGCACGCUGGGGUAGGCAUGGACAACUUGGGGAACAAAUAGUGAGUUCUGCUCUCCUCAGACGAGGGAGAUUUCAUCUACAGAAAGACGAACGGCCCUGGGACUCUUUUGCGUCUGCGUACCGCGCGAUCUCAGACGCUUCACGGCGUAAGUUUGACACAGGUGGAAACCCCGGAGUUGGGAGUGCCCAAACGCGUCUGAACCAAUCGUCCGGCCGUGAGUACCCCACGUGGGGUCACAGUAGGGUGAUGCAUGGCGGGGGGCUUGACAGGGUGUUUGAUUGGGGGUCGAAGAGUAGGUGGGACACAGGGAAAAACAGGAGUGGGCAGGACAGACAGGAUGUGGGUCAGGAGGAUUAUGACAUUAGGCGUGGGAUAGGACAAGAGGGUUAUAACAAUAGACAGGGGGCGGGUCAGAAGCGUUACAACAGAAGACAUAGGAUAGGACAAGAGGUUUAUAACAUUAGACUGGGUGUGAGGAGGCAGGAUUGUAACAAGCAAUGGGGGAUGAAGGAGGGUUAUAACAACAGGCAAGCUGUGAUGCUGGACACGGUGCAGAAAAAACGACAGGGGGUGGAGCCGGAUAGAGGUCACGGCAGCGGGCAGGAAGAGAGGCAGGGUAGGGGGCAGUUCUCUAUCCUGGAGCCUGGCAAAUCUGAACACAUGGAGGCGAGUCCAGGAAACGAAGGUGUGCAGAAUGGGAGUGGUAAUGUUUUGACACAACGGUCUAAGGAUGCUGAUCGGCCGUGGAGGAUGAGUGGGAAGAGAUUAAGGAGGAGGAGAAGCAGGAGGAGAACGACGAGGAGGAGAACGACGAGGAGGAGAAGGAGGAAGCGAUCAGUGGUCAAUGCCAAAGAUGCACAAUCUGCCACUCACGUGGACAACGGAGUAGUGGGUGAGCAGCCACUGGACCACGACGUCAGCGAGGGUACCGUGGUAAUGUGGAGGAGAAACAGGCGGUCCUCGGGGAAGGUGAAGGACGAGUACCGUGACCCUGACCCCGUGACCGACGAGGAGGUCGCCAUGAAGGAGGAUCUGGUGGACCUACUGGCCCGACUGCCUACGUCACUGACCGAGAGGCGGGCCAGGAAACAAUUGGCGCGGGAGGAGGAGGAGCGGGCGAGUUCUGACGACGUUUCCCGGGCUGUUCUUCGGCUACAGGAAACAGAUGAUGAUGACGUCACGGGAGGUGGGGGAUACGCGGCAAACGCCUGGACGCCGGAGUUCAGGAAACGACGUCACGCAAGGCUAGGACGAAUCGGACUCAAAGGUCGAAAUUGGCGUGUUGACUACUUGCACAACAAAACAGACAUGCGCCCUCCAGGAGCGAAGACAAUACCCACUACAUACAUUGACAAUGACUCAGGUACACGCAAGAACGUACGUGGCGGUAGCCUGAAACACAAACACACAGACAGGCGUUCUGGAAAUCAGCGCAGAUAUGUCAGAGAUUCAAGCGAUAAGACAAAAGGCGCACCAAACUCCAAAGAGAUUUCUGACGAGCGUGAGAAUAAUAAAUACCCUCUGCAAAAUUCCAGACAUUUUCUGCACAGCCGCGAUGCCAAAACAUUCCGGGGUCGGCUUCAUCCUGGAAGAAAAGUUUCUUCCGCAGAUGUCCGGAGAAAGCUGGAGAACAUUCUAGAAGUGGAGAGGAACAUGAAGCGUAUUAACGAGGACAGCCCUGAUUUCGCCUCAGGCUGGAGAGACCGUUGGUCCACUGACCUGAGCUCCGAACCUGAAGUGGUCAAACCUCCACCGUCUGACGAUACGUAUGACCGCACCAUUCCCAGAGACCAACGACUCUUCGCUAACGUCACCGACACGCCUUUAAGGCGCGCGAGUUUCUCCCUGGAUGACCCACGAGAUGACCAGUGGCCGGAGGAGGAAGAGACAGGUCAAGGUCAGACGGCCGGUGACCAGGGAUUUGAGCUGAACACUGGGGAGCUUGACGAUCAAUCAAACGACGGCCACUUGUUUAAUGAGAGAGAGGACGAAAAGACGAUUCAAAGUGACGGUGCCUCAAGCUUUGGGCUGAAAACUAAGCAGCCCGUGGGUCGAUCGGAUGACGGUGACUUGUUUGACGAGAGAGAGGAAGAAGAUGUUAUCAAGAAUAUAAGGAGUGGGUCAGAUGAUGGUCGCUUGCUUAACACGAGAGAAGAAGAGCAGAACAGUCAAAGUGAUGAUGUCCUGAGCUUUGGGCUGAACGCUGAGGAACCCGUGGGUCAUUCAGAUCACGAUGACUUGUUUAAUGAGAGAGAAGAAGAAAAGGUUAUCGAUGAUCUGAGGAGUGGGUACAGACCCCGGCGGCGGAGGAGGAAGAGGGAGAUGCGGGCUCCAAAAGACCAGUACGACUACUUCGGCGAUGAGGAGAGGCAGGCGGUGGUAGGGGAGGGGGAGGACGUGGUCGACGUUAAUAAUAACGAUGAUGAUAUUGACGAUGAAGGCAGAAAUUCACGUGGUGAAGAAGAUGAUGGUGAUGAUGACGUUGAUGACGAUGAUGAGGACGACAAAGACGAGGAUGAAGAGGAAGAAGAAGAGGACGAGGGAAAAGAAGAGCCUGAAGAAGUCUUAGUGAAACAGAAAGGUCGAGGGGUAUCGGAAAAGGACGAGUUUGCGUAUGUGCAGAAGAAACCAGCGAGAAAGCCGAAAGCUGAGGCCUUCUCCUGGGGCAGCUGGAGCGCGUGCAGCGUGAGUUGUGGCGUGGGUCAAAGGUUCCGGGCAAACGUCUGCGGUCAAGGCCGUCCGUGCACAGGCAAAGCUGCCAGCUCUGAGGUGGAAGUCUGCUCAGACAACGAGGAAUGUUGAAGUGGAUGUCUGCUCAUAGCCCGUGGAUAGUCCGCUCAAAGAACGUGGAUUGCAAAGAAAUGGAAGUCUACACAGACAACGUGGAAUUUAGAAAUGGAAGUCUGCUCAAACAGCGAAGAUUGUUGAAGUGGGAGCAUGCUCAAAGAACCACGAUCGCUAAAACAGAAAUUUGCUCAGACGACGAGGGAUGUUAAAAAUAGAAGUUUGUUCUGGCCGCGAGGAAUGCUAAAAUGGAAGUUUGCUCAGAAAGCAAAUGAUGAGCCAAAGUCUGCUAAAAAAAUAAAAAUAAAUAAGGAUUCCUAAAAUGGAAGUUUCCUCAGAUUGUGGACGUGGAAGUUUGUUCAGACAACAUGAAUUGCGGGCGAGAAAGGCUGCACAAAGAUGACUGAUGAAGUGGGACAACUAAUAUUUCUAAUAAUUAUUGUGUCUGAAGGCAGAGCGACAGGACGGGACAAGACGGUGUUUCCAGGGACGUAGUUAAAGUCAAAGGUCGUAAUCUCCCAACGCACUUAGUAGCACUACUUACCAUUUGACAAGUGACUGAACCCUCGAACUCCUCCUCCCCCUUCCUCCUCCUCCUCCUCCUCCUCCCCCUCCUCCUCCUUUUCCUCUUCAUGUUCGCCGGCUGCAUGUUUGGGUCUCGUCUCUUGACGAAUGUGAUUGUCCUUUCCAAUAGCUCUCGAAAAUAAAGUUGACUUGAUCAUUAAUGUAACAAACAGACGGACAGACAGACAGACAGACUGACUGACAGACUGACAGACUGACUGACAGACAGACAAGCUAUAGUUUAACGAGCAAACUGAUACACAUUACUAUAGUCUUGUUAUUUCGAUAUCUGGCGUGUAUGCCACCCAAUGUAUAUUUUGAAAUCAUAGAAUUCGAAUGACUUUAACAAUAAAUUUUGAAUAAACAAAUCCUAUUUUUUGCUCAA